AUGGUCAAGCGCGUGAGCAGAAAUAAAGAGGCUGUCAUCGCAGCCCUGGACAAUCAGGAGCACAAACUCGUCUUGCCGACCGCAGCAGAGUGGGAUAAACUGCAGAGGCUGGAGACACUUCUAGAGCCAUGCAGGUAUGUAACUGAGCUCCUGGGUGGAGAGGCCUAUGUCUCCUGUUCUGUGGUACUACCUUCUCUCUGCCACUUGCGUCUCAAGAUGGAAGCCUGUGAUGAGGACCCUGCAUAUGUGGUGAGAUUCAAGACCAAGUUCAAGGAGGACCUAGCAUCCCGUCAAGAACAGCUCAACAAUGCAUGGCUCCAGAUUGCUACAGUUUUGGAUCCUCGUUUCAAAGACUUGAAAUGCAUGCCCAAGACAGACAGGGAAGAGGUGUGGACCACACUUGAAGGGAUGCUGCAACAAGAAUCACCCAGAAGGUCUUCACAGACACAUGAUGAUGGGCCACCCAGGAAGAAAAUCAGCCUUCUGCAAAUGGGCUCAGAUUCAGAAUCAGAAGAUGAAGAGGUCCAACCUGCCAUACAGAGGUACAGAGCAGAGCCCACCAUUAAAUUGGAGGACUGCCCCUUGAGGUGGUGGGCAUCUCAUUCAGGAGCCCAUGAGAAGCUGGCCUCACUAGCUCACAAAUAUCUAGCCACUCCUGCAACCACUGUUCCCUGUGAACGACUUUUCUCAGUUGCAGGUCACAUUGUGAACAAGAAAAGGUCAGCUUUACUUUCAGAAAAUGUGAACAAGUUAGUUUGCCUCAGCAACUGGCUGAAAGAUGAUGAAGCUCAGUAG